AUAUUGCUGUAUCCAAUUUUUCAAGGUGCAGAAUGGAGAGCUUAUCAUCAAGUGCUACUACUUUCCUUUUGCUGUGGAUAAAAGAGUGCCCGUGAAGGACCUGAGGAAAUUAAAAUUCGCUCGACAAUCGCAAUCUUACGAAAAGAACUGGGGUUCCAACUGGUCGGUGUGGUGGGCGUGUGACAUGAAAAGGAACUUUCGGAAGCACUCUGAAAAUUACUACAACAUGGUCGUUGAUAACGGAGACUGCUUCGAGAAAGGAUUCACUGUAAAGGACAUUGUUGGAUUUCAAAGAGCUUUACGAAAUGAUCUAUACGACUUUGUUAUAAAGCCUUUGGUGUAA